UCCCCUGUUUUCAAGGUUCACUGAACCUAUGCCAAACAGUACUUUUCCAUUCCUGUGUGUUUCACUACAGACCAUUAUCAUCUGACACAGACACAGAACUAGUAAAUUACUUUAAGAAUAUUGUUUUAAUCGCUUCCUGGGUUUGCUUUCAUUAAAUUGUACCUUGAUUUUUUCCUUGAAAUAUCAUUUCCAUUGCUAGUCAUUUCCUUUUUUUUUUUUGGUUAUGUAAGGAGCACUAUAUACAUAGCCAGCAAAUCUUCCAUCUGAUAUUUCCUGGACAUAGUGGAUUUGUGGAAGUUUUGUAAUCAUAACCCAAGUAAGCUUAAAAAUUGCUUAAUGUCUGGUUCGUUUUAGACUUCAAGUGUUGUUGGACCAGCUCAACAAACAUUGGAAAACAGUAUGUCUGGCAUAUCAACUUCUGCUUCUCAUUUGCCUUCUGAAAAUGAAAACCAGCAACAAAUACAGACAAAGGUGUAUAAUCCAGAGACUCUAAUUACUAUCCAAACACAGGACAUUUCUCAGCCUGGUAGCUUUUCAGUAGUCUCUACUCCAGGUCAGCUGCAGUGCAGUGAUGCAUUAUUGCAGCAAGCUGCACAGUUCCAAACAAGAGAUUCCCUAACUAGGGAAGUCUUGCAAUCAGAUGGCACAGUGGUCACUUUGUCACAGUUAACUGAUGCAUCACAGCAACAACAGUCUACACUCUCAGAACCAGCACAGGCAUUUCAGGAACAGAUUUCAUCAAGUAUUUUCUCAUCAGGAAGUUGCAUGAGUAAGUUACAGAACACUAUCCAGCAACUGCAAGCUGGACAUUUUCCAAGAAACACUGCCACUGGCAGCAAUAGGAAAGUUGACUUGGUGCAACAGGUAUUGGAAGCUCAACAGCAGUUAUCUUCUGGUUUAUUUUCUGGUUCAGACUGCAGUGAGGAUGUUCAAGAUCGGCUAAAUGCAGGUAUCUUUCAGCAAGUUAGUCAGAUACAAAAUAGUGUAAAUCCUGGGAUAUUUUCCUCAUCAGACACAGCUGUUCAUUCCAGAUCAAAGAACCUUUUGCCUGGACAAGCUGAAAAUGUUCACUCACAACCUGAAAAUGCAUUGUCCAAUCAACAGCAGCAGGCGAUGGAGACUUCUGCUGCAAUGGUGAUAGGAAUCCAACAAAAAAUUUGCCAGGCUGCAUCACAGAUGCAAUCUGAUUUGUUCUCUUCAGCAUCAGGAAAUGGAGCCCUCCAACAGUCGCCUGUUUACCAUCAGACUUCUCACAUAAUGAGUGGGUUAUCAACAAGCGAAGGCAUGCAAAUGCAGUGUGAAUUAUUCUCUUCAUCUCCGGGUGUUUCUGGAAGUGAUACUACUCCUACUGCUCAGCAGCAGGUCUCCAACAAUGGACGUACUAUGUUUCAUGAUGCAAAUUCUGCAGGUGGCGAAGAAGCUUCAGAACAGAGUGAACAGAUGCAAAGUACUGUAUUUCAGACCAUGGUUCAAAUGCAGCAUAGUGGAGAAAGUCAAUCUCAAGUUAAUCUGUUUUCAUCUACUAAAAACAUGAUGGCUGUUCAGGCAAGUGGAACUCAACAACAAGGAGGUGGUCUGUUCCAGCAGAGCAGAGAAAUCAUGUCUGUUCAGUCAGGAAGCUUUAUGCAGCAGUCUCCACAUUCUCAAACUCAGCUUUUUCACUCUCAGAAUCCUAUUGGUGAUAAUCAGAAUAUAUCACAGGAAACACAAGGCUCUAUUUUCCACAGUCCAAAUUCCAUUGUCCACAACCAGACCAGUACCAAUUCCUCAGACCCACUGCAGCCUCCAAUGUUCCACUCACAGAACACCAUGGGUGUAUUGCAAAGCUCUUCAGUUCCUCAAGACCAGCAGUCUGCUGACACAUUCCUUUCCCAGAGUUCAAUGAGCAAUGCUGCAACUCAAGAACAGGUAUCAUUCUUUACAAGCCCAAAUUCCAUUUCUCCUCUUCAGACAGCAACAAAUACUGAACAACAGACCUCUUUCCAGCAGCAGACAGAGAUAUCUCAUAUCCAGAGUUCUAUGCUUCCCCAAGAACAGCCCCAGACUCAGCCUGCUCAGCAAGGUUUGUUUCAGUCUCAAGUGUCACUAGGCUCCAUCCAGUCCAGUUCAAUUCCUCAGAACCAGCAAGGAACUAUCUUCCAGCCUCAGCAUUCAAUAGUUGCUAUUCAGAGUAGUCCUCCAUCUCAAGAACAGCAGCAGCAGCAACAGCAAAACAUGAUGUUCAGUAAUCAAAAUGCAAUGAGUACAGUUGCUUCGCAAAAGCAGAACAUGAUUUUCAAUCCAAAUCAAAACCCGGUUACCAAUCAGGAGCAACAAGGCCAGUCCAUUUUUCAUCCACAGACUAACAUGACAUCAAUGAACCAGGAGCAGCAGCCCAUGCAAUUCCAGAGUCAGAGUACCGUGUCUUCUCUUCAGACUCCUGGAUCCAGUCAGGCUGAAGCACAGCAGCCAGCCAUCUUCCAUAACUCACCCCAGAUUCAGUUGGUCCAAAGGUCGUCAAGUUCUCAAGAGCAACAAGUCACCCUCUUCAUCUCUUCAGCUUCCAUGUCUCCUUUACAGAAUAGUAUGAGCCAGCAAGAGAUGCAGCAAUCUCCUAUGUACUCUUCUCAAAACAGCAUGGCAGGAAUGCAAGGAACUGCUUCUCCUCCACAGCAACAAGCUGCUUUAUUCCACAACACAGCAGGAGGUGCUAUCAACCAGCUGCAGAAUUCUCCUGCUUCGCCUCAGCAAACAUCAGGAAUAUUCCUGUUUGACAUUCAAAACAACUGUGGCCAGUUGCUAACUUCUGGACCAGUGACGUUGCAUGAUGAGUUGAUGGCUAUAAGUCAGACGGGUCAGCCACAGAGCAAGGGACAAGCAGCUGUGCCCACACUUCUCUCCCAGCAGAUAUCUGAGACGUCUCCACUACCUUCAGCUAUGGCAACCAACCAGAAUAUUGAGAAAAUAGAUGAUCUGCUCGUGUCAUUGCAAAACCAGAGGAACAAUAUAGCUGGCUCCUUUUAAUUAGUCAACUUGUGAAGCAGAAACAUCAAAUGCCUGUGCCAUGAGCCAUGACUCAUAGCUGUCAGUAAGUGAAGGGAUUGUUUUAGAAUUGAGUGGGAGAGCUAAUACUGUGAUUUGCUAAUUGCAGUAGGCAGCAACAACAAAUUGAUAACUAUAAUCAGCAAGCAGAGAAUUGUUUGCUUCUGUAGAUAGCCAGAGGUGGGUGCUUCCCAUCUGCAGAUGUGAUUAAUCAUUUUCCAUUUCUCUUAUGUGUAACUGUACAUGGAGCAAGGGUUUGGUGGGUUUGGUAGCUCUAAAAUGAAGACAUGAAGGGGAACUUUCAAUUAAAUUUUGCUCUUAAAAUCUUGUCCUCUAAAAAACCUUCUAAAGAACGUUCUGCCUGGCUGAGGAAAAAACUCUGUGUCUCUCGCUCUGACUGGAUGGGUUAGAACUCUGUAAAGCUGCAUUAGCUGUUCUCAAACCAGUCUUCUCCCUUCCAUUCUUUUCAUGGUUUUCUUUUUCUCUUCCCCAGUUUCAUAUUGUGUUUUAAAAAAAGGCAUAAAUAUCCUACUGGCUUUAAAUGCCAGAAGCAGCUUUUAGAAAUCCAUGGCAUUAAAUUGCUUAGUCAAUAGAAGCUUUGACAAAUAAUCAAGAAUUAAGGAGAGGGGAAGCAAUUUCUCCACCACCUUCUAAAUGCAGGAACCCCCCCUUAACCAGGCGUUUUCCAGCUGUUACUGAUGUAAAUCUUCAGCUUGACUUUACUCCAAGUUAGGGGGCAAAUUACAUCAUUUUUAAGCAUUCUGGAAAAUUUCACUUAAUCCUGAACUGUUGCAUCUUUGUAGCAUACUGAGCUCACUGCAGUUUUGAAGUGAUUAUUUUUCCCUACCAACAGUCCCCCAAAUAUCAUUUCUAGAUGGUCAUGUUUCACUUUAAAAACUAAAAAAAAAAAAAAAAAGCAUUGACUGAUGUUACGGAAUGUAAGAACAACCCACUUCAGAUCAUGCAGUUGCAUUGUGAGGUAUGUGAAUUUUUUGGGUGCUCCAACUAUCCAGAAAGUUUUGUGAAUUCUCACUACAGCCUCAUUCAGAUCUUUUUUUCUUCUGCAUGUAGAAAGCUGUUGCUACCUUGAGACUCAGACAGCUGUCAUGUAUUGCGAUUAUGCCUUGAUAGAGUGUAGUUGGUAUCAUGUUAUUUUACGUUUUUGUUAUUUUAAAUAACAAAGACUAGUCUGUAAAAGGUUUUCUAAGUUCCUCUAGUCUGUUUACUGUGUUUUUUCCCUUAACUCGUGCGUGUAAUUGAGCCAUGUAGAGAGUUUGUUUGUUUAAUGGAUUUUCCCAUUUGUCAGUCUGUCCUGCUGUUCACUUUCUCUUUCUGUCUCUCUUUCUCUCUCUCAUUGAGAGGCAAUUAAUUACGUUUUCAGUAGUAAGGCUUCUUGCCGAUAUGAAAGGAGCUUUUCAGAAAGAGACCUGCUCUGGGUCAUUUAAUUUUGAAUACAGUUUUCAAUCGUUCAGGUUUUGGAUGGUUUAUAUCUAACGUGUGUUUCAUUUUUUUGGAAAGCUAUAUUUUGUAUUUAGGAAAUGGUAUACUAUUUUGCUAUUUGUACUGAGUGAGUACAUUGGCAUAAAUAUAAAAAUUUAUAUACAUAUAUAUAAAAUAUUCUUUUUGCCACACAUUUUUGUGGUAAACUUGUGAGUUUGUCUGAUGCUCUACCACAACGUGACAUCUGAUAACUGGGGCAGGGUGGGGUUUGUCAUGUCUUUAUCGAAUAUUUAAUUACUUUUUGCAACAUAAAUAACUUGUUCAUCUUUCACCAUUCCAUCAGGUAGCUUAUUGUUCCAACUGGCUAUGAGAAGCUUCCCUGUGUGUUUUGAUGUGUCCGUCACUCAGCAAUAUGACCUAGUAAGGAAACUCAUAGGCACUUAAGCAUAUAUAAAGUAACAGGGUUUCAUUCAGAAUGAGCCAUUCAGCUUUUUUCCACUAUCAUUGUCUAUUUAAUAUUUUUAUUAUUAAUGUCUCUGUUUUAAUUCUUAAUUUAUGAUUAUGCUAAAAUGUUUAAAAUUUUAAUCAUGAUAAAAAAAAUCCCUGCUUCCUAAUGUCCAGAGCUGCUUUAACCCUGAACCAUACUUUUUCUUUCUGCUACUUAUUUUUUAUCUCCUGAUAAGACAAGAUAUUAACAAUCUCAUUAUGGUUCAUGACAUGAAAGCAGCAGUCUUGCAGCACUGACUAAAUGCUAUGUGAGGCUAUGUAGAAGACUGAGAAUUAUGGACUGAAGCAACUUCCAGAUGCUUGUGGAAGUCAAUAGCUAGUUAUUUGAAAAUGAACUAGUGGCUUUUGCAGGAUCACAGUCCCAGGACAAGCUGCUGGAUGUCGUCCAGAGCCUUCAUACACAGAAGUAAUAGGAAUGAUAAAUUCACUUGUGUGCUGCUUCAGUUUGUUCCAUUGUUCCAAAGGGGUGUAUCCUUACAUGGAAGUGCGGUUGGUCAGUGUCAAGUCACCAGGGACCAAUUCUCCACUUAACAAGAUGGGUGUCCAAAAGAGAACUUCAUACCAGGACUGCUACAGUUCCAGGGGAAGGGUAUGUCUGAAUUGUGUGCUGUUUUGGGUUGCUCAUGAAGAGACGAGAAAAAAAAUCUAAAGUAAAUUAGAAAAGGCCUGUGCUGUCAUGUUUUUCACUUCUGGAUAAAGCCUUUUCUUGUGUUAAAUUUGUCAUGUUCAUUUUAGGUCAGUGUUUAAAUGUACAACACUUGGAACAUGUAAUUUGGUUAUAAAAAGUAUGUCUUCUGAAUGAAGAAAUUGCUCAGCAGUUGAUCAGUGCUUGCAGACAGCUGUUACAAAGGAUAAUGAGAGGUUUGAUAAGCCAAUAAAGAGCUUAAAGAUGGGCUGCAGGAUUUCAUGGCAGAAAGACCCAAUAACAGUGUGAGCCACAUCUGCAUUUUAUCAGUCCUAAACAUUUACUUUUGGAAUUUAAGCAGUUGAUAUUGAUAAUUGGAGCUUACUCUGCCUUUUUUAUUUUAUUUUAAUCCCAUUCCUGUAUUUACUGCUUUUCAUGAUCACUCUGGUGUGCCUGUGAUCUGUGAGUAGAUGGAUGGAGCCUGCAGAAAUGAAGUGGUGACAUCAUGUCUAAUCCAUUUUGGGUGAGAAAGAAGAUACUGAGAUAUCAGUCUCUCUAAAUUUAAAGUUCCCGAUGACAUUAUUUUAAAUGGGGAAGUUACUAUCAUAUACACAGAGCAGCAAUGAAGUAUGGAAGAUACUACUAGGUGAAAAUGGAAAACUGUAGACCUGCAUUGCUGGGAUGGGUUUUAAGUGUCUUGUUUUUUUCUGCUGCUUGAGCUCGCUUCUGCAAGAACUGUUAAGUUUACACCUCCACGUUUAAUGUGGGCAAUACCCUUCAGCUGUGUGUGCCUCUAACACACCCAUGGUCCGCUCUCUGCACAGCAUCUAUGGGGUGUUGGGAUUCACAGAACACCCAUUUGUUGGCACAGGUUAAAAUCUGGGGAAAGGUACCCGCUAGCCACCAGUUGUGACUGCUGCAUGCGUUCUCUUGGCUGCUUAUAUGGGUGCAUGUGUAUCUAUAUGUAUAUAAAAUCAUGAGUAGCACAUAAUACACAGUUAUCAGCUAAGUGUCUCUUCUGGCAGGAAGUUAUUGUUUCUUUUGCUUAAUUAGAAAGUCUAUGUUUUGUUAUUAAUUGCCUCCCCGCUGUCUUAUUUUUCAGAAGUUAUUCAAGCCAAAUGCUUUGUUAUUAUUUUAACAUAAAAAUAGUUCCAGAAA